AUGAGCGCAAAGAAGUUGGAGCAGGUCUACAAGUGCGUGGAUGCCAAGGCGCAGCUGGCUGUCUAUGAUGGCGUGCCCGUGGACCGCGACACCUUCUGGCGCUGGAGUGAGGAGGCAUCGCGCAACGCGACCAGUGGCCAUGAGAUUAUGAGAAUCAACUGGCUGAACAAAACGAUGGCCUUCACGCAUCGCGAGCAGCAGCUGCUCAGCAUCCACGGCCUAUUCCCGUACGCCAUCUACAGCCUGGAGCAGCAGGUGAAGGUGUGCCAGCAGGGCUUCGCCAGAUUCACCACGCCCUUCCAGAAGUAUCUGUUCCUGUCCGACAUGGAGGCGCGGAACAGGCGGCUCUUCUACAAUGUGCUGAUCAGCGACCCGGACACGUACAUGUCGAUAUACAAGGCCAACGAGUGCCCCAACAUGAUCAAGAACUUCGGCAUGCUGUACACGAACAACCGCGGCAUGUACGUCACCAUCAAGGAUCGGGGCCACAUCUACGAUGUGCUGCGCAACUGGCCGCUGCGCCACUGCGUGCGCUACCUGAUGGUGACCAAUGGCCACUGCGUCAUGAACAUGGGCGACUUCGGGUCGAGUGGGGCGCCCGUUGUGUUCUACAAGCUGUACGAGAAUGUGGUCUAUGGCGGCAUGAAUCCCGACUGCUGCCUGCCCAUCAUGAUGGACGUGGGCACGGAUAACGACAGCCUGGUGAAGGAUCCGCUCUACUUGGGAGUGCGCCAGCCCCGCACCACCGGAGCCGCCUUCGAUGACUUCUUCGAGGAGUUCACCGUGGCUGUGCUGCGCGUCUUCGGUCCGCGCGCCGUCAUCCAGACGAAGGACUUCAGCCCCAAGGAAACACUGAGCAUGCUGGAAAAGUACCAAAGGCGUCGCUGCUACAUGGACAUCAGCCUGCAGCUCUUCGGCACCUGCGGCCUGGCCGGCUUGCUGGCCGCCCUCACGAUCACCGAAAUCAAGUUCCGGGCGAAUCAGUUCCUCUUCUACGGCAUGGAGAAGUUCAACAUCGGCCUGGCCCGCAUGUGCGUGGCGUAUCUGAAGCGCCAGGGACUCGAUGACGCUGCGGCGAGCCAAUGCAUCUGGUUCUGCGAUAGCCAUGGCCUGAUCGUGAAGGAGCGUCGCGAGCCCAAGGUGCCCGACGAGCUCUUGGAGUUUGCCCACGAUUUCGAGGCCAUUGGCACACUGCUGGAGGCCAUCGAGAAGCUCAAGCCGACUGUCCUGGUCGGCUGCAGUGCGGAGCCGCAGGUCUUCACCAAAGAGGUACUCAGGGCCAUGGAGCAGAGCUGCCAGACGCCCAUCAUAUUCGCCAUGUCGCGGCCCCUGCCCCUGGCUGAGUGCUCCGCCGACGAUGCCUUCGUCUACACGAAGGGCCGCUGCAUCUUCAUAUCGGGCUGUGAUUUGCCGCCCCUGAAGUACGCCAACAAAUGGUAUCAGCCGGGCUACUGCACCGAUAUCUACAUACACACCGGCCUCACGCUAGGCAUCAUGCUGACGGGCUUGACCACGGUGCCGGAGGAGAUAUUCCUGAUAGUCGCCGAGCGUCUGUCCAAGCUGGUCUGGCCCACCGACCUGGCCAAGCGCAACGUCUACCCGCCCCAGAGCAAGUUCAAGUGCGUGAAUCUCCAGAUAGCCGAGGCCGUGUUCACCUACGCAUACCGCCAUAGCCUCGCCACGCUCUGGCCCGAGCCGAGCGAUCCCAUGGCCUACAUAAAGAGCAAGCUCUUCAACCCCCAGUACUCCGCCACCAUUCCCGAGCUCUACUGCACCGGCGAUCAGCACGUUGGCACCACCGAGUCGAAGCAGUACUACCAGGAGCGCAUAUAG